UAGAUAAGGAAACGUCAUAUGUAGCAUAAGUUAUAGUGUUAAGAUUAAAAGAUGGCAUAUCACCUUUUGUUUGCAUUAAUAUUUGUGACAAACGCAUAUUGUGUAAAGGCUGUGUCAGUUGGAGAGCUUGAGUCGAGAAUAGACGCCGUUGAAAAGCAAUGUGCGGCUCAGAACGUUCAGUUCAAAGAGGAAAACCAGAAACUGAGAAACGAAUUAGAACAGUUAAGGGCCACUGUUAUGAAGCAGGAUGCACAGUUACAAGAUGAGAUCAAAGAUUUGCGCCAGGUUGCUGUUGAGAAAAUAAAACAUAUUGGUGCAGGCCAGAAACGCGGCAAACGGUUUGUGAUUGACGAAAAUGAAACAGUGGCAUUUCAUGCAACUUUAACUGGAGGAAGGGCAAUACAGCAUCUGCAUAUUAACCAAACUAUCAUCUUCAAUAACGUCAUGCUAAAUAUUGGCGGUGCCUAUCACUCUCAGCAUGGACUUUUCGUGGCAAAUGUGAAAGGAAUCUACAUUUUCUCCGUUUCCAUCAUGGGUUUAUACGGAGGAACGGAUUCAACGAUGGUCUUUAUCAUGAAAAAUGGCAAAGAAGUGGCUGCAGCGAUUGCGGACGGUAGAGGCGGUACUCAUGACCAGGGAUCCACAACAGUUGUUCUACAACUCGUACCGGGAGAUGAGGUUUGGGUGAGCGUUCAGAGGCACGAUGACACAGCUAUUUGGACUGACAGUUUAGACAGUUUCAUGGGUUGUCUUAUAACAUAUACGUAAUAAAAUAUCAUAUUGCUCA